ACCACAAUAUUCACUCCUAUACUACAGAAAUACAGUUACGGAGAAACUCAAUUAUUACAACUAUAAAAGAGCUAGGACCUCCAAUGUGUAUACGUAUACCUAUAUACUUUGGAUUUCUAACUUCAUUUUAGCUGAAAGCUAUAUUACCCAACAUGGCAGCCUCUCAUGCCCCAAAUCAUACUGAAGCUGAGAAAGCAAUUGGAGAACUAGUCCUAAAAUUACAGACAAACCUUUCAAAGUACACACAAAGCCCCAGUAUUAGAGUGAAUGAGAUUGUUAAGGCUGGCUCCAUGGGACAUGGGACAGCUGUGCCUGAACACUUUGACAUUGACCUGGUGCUCUACUCUAGCGAUGUGAACAGAGAUUCAGUGAACAGAAUCGGAUACGAAAGCUACUUAAAGCAAAUAAGAGCUUUCAUAACAGAUGGCAGAGUCUUCAGGGCAGGAAUCGUCACUAACAUCAAUCUGACCAGAUACGCUGUUCAGUUUCAAUAUGAGGGCUACAUCGAUGUGGACCUCCUAGUCAGCCCUGUCUGGUGGGGGGGACAACCCAAACAUCCACGAGAGCUCUUUGAAUUCCUGCGAGAUAGGGUGCCUAACGAUGCUGAAGCCAGGCAUAAGUUCAGUGUGAACGCAUCCAAGUGGCAAGUUGCUUUCAUGAAGAAGCAAGAUUCAUCCGUGAAGCAGCUAAUCAUACGAGCUAAAGCAUGGAGGAACCAGCUAUGGCAAAAGAGCAAGGGAGGCCGAGGUCGACCAAGCUCUUACUUGCUCACUCUGCUGGUACUUCAUGCAUACAAGACUUCCUCUGGUACUGCCAAAAGUACAACACAAAAACUGAAGGAAAUUGUUCGCAACCACAGGACAAUGAACAUUUACUGGGAGAACUACUACAACGCUAGAGACUACCCCACCCUCUUUCCCUCGUCCACUCCACGCCUGGUCGACCCGGCCAAUCCAGCUAACAAUGUCUACCAGUCUGGCAUUGGGCCGUACCCACCCAAGAAAAGGCCGUGUGACUACGAGCGUGGGGAUGGGGACUGGAGCCAGUUUGUGGACAAAGUGGAACACUUUGACCUUGAGAAGAGUGUGGAGGAGAUCACACGUUAAGACCGUUCAAGAGAGCUGACUAUAACUUUAGUACUUACAUACACAGGACUAUAUACUGUAGCACAUUGUUAGAUAUUUAGAACUUAUAGAGUUUCCAUGCAUGUGUGACCAAAAAUAACAAAAAGUAUUUUGCAACAAAUUAAGGGA